AGUCGGCGGCGCGCCACGGGCUCCAACCAGCGGCAGCAGCAGCAGCAGCAGCAGCAGAGAGGUCCACACAGCGCCCCCACCAUGGCCGAAGACGCAGCAGCGGCCGUGCCUCUGAAGCAGGACUGCGAGAAGGAGAAGGAGAAGGAGGACAGCGGGACCAAGCCACCCGCAAAGUCAGCGAUAUGCUGGGGGUACCGACCGACGGUGGAGCCGAUGGUGCUGGUGUUCAUGUUCUCGUUCGUGCUGGCAUACUCGGUGCUAGGCGGGCUGUUCCUGGAGCGCGUGUGCCGAACCAGCGACAUCGCCAGCUGCACCUCGGAGGAGCGCGCCUACUCCAGCAGGCUCGUCAUGUACAAGACCAUCAUAGAGGCCCUCGUGCCCGCCAUCGUCUCGCUCUUCCUGGGGCCCUGGAGCGACAAGUACGGCCGCAAGCCCAUCUUCAUCUGGUGUUUCUCAGGCAACUUCAUCUCGUACGGGCUGUACUGCGGCCUGUCGCUGAUUCCGGAACUGGAGGCAGAGUGGCUGCUGCUACCCUCCAUCGUCAACACGUUCAGUGGCGGCAUGCUCAACCUCAUGGCCAUCGCCAACGUCUACAUCGUCGACAUCAGCAGUCCGGAGGAGAAGGAAAUCCGGCUAGGCGUGCUGGACGCGUCGCAGUACCUGUCGCUGAUGCUGGGUGCGGGGCUGGCAUCGCCGCUCUUUGGUGCCAUGUCGUACGCCGGCGUCUUCGGCGUCGCCGUGGGCUGCAUGGCCUUCUGCCUGCUGUACACGCUGCUCUACCUGCCGGAGUCCCGCCCACGAGCGCCGCAGACGAAGAAGAGUGAAGGCUGUUGCGGUGGUGUGUUUGAGUUGGAUUUGGUGCGUGAGGCCUUGCAGUCGUGUCUCAGGAGGCGGCCUUACUAUGGACGCACCGUCAUCAUCAUCGUCGUCUUUGUCAUCGUGAGCAACAUCAUCAUACUGAUUGGUGAGGCAAAUGUCAUGUUCCUGUUUCUCAACCAAAAAUUCCAUUGGACCAUUCAGGAUGCACAGCUGUUCCAGUUCUACAAUAGCGGCGUGACAGCUAUAGGUACCCUGCUGGGGGUGAUGUUGUUUGUGCGAAUGCUGAAGUUGUCCGAUGGUUGUGUAGCACUCAUUACUUUUGGCUGCAAGAUUGCUGGCUACCUGGUGCAUGCCUGGUCCCCAGAGUCCUGGUACAUGUAUCUGGGUGGGGCUAUUGCAGCUCUUGGUGGAAUGGUGUGGGUGUUAGCCAGAACAAUGAUAGCCAGGAUGGUCCCCAAAGACGAAAUUGGAAAAGUGUUUGCCAUGUCAGUCACACUGGAGGCUGUGACACCUCUCAUAGCAACACCAGUUUAUACAGGAUUUUUCAGUGUCACUAUUGACACCUUUCCUGGAGCCUUCCAUGUGCUUUCAGCCUCAGUCAUGGUUGUGGAUCUGAUUCUCAUCCUGAUCGCAGCGUACCUUGGCCGUGGUGCUGCCAAGGAGGAAGCAGCAGCAAAGAUACAACAAAAAGAAAAAUCCUUGUCCCAAAGCUGAACGAGUGUACUGCCAUUCGGCUGAUUUACUCUCCUGCCUCUGUAACAUGUCAUGCAUGUUGCCUACCUGCCACCUGAAAUAAGGCCUAUGACAAAUCGACACACUUGAAACAAAAGAUUAUUGUGCAUGGACACAUGCAAAAUCAAAGACAGGCAUUUGUGCGCAUACUUUGUUGUGGAAGCAAGUAACUAUAGGAUAAUGUAUAUUACUGAUAUUUAUUUUUUAUUUAUUUUUGUUGUGUGAAGAAGUCUUGGAAAAGAAUCUCUGAUGUAUUUUAUAUGUCAAUGUAAUUGCACUCUAGCAAUCAUAAUAGCAGUCCA